AUUCGCUAGCAGUUCGUGUCGAAUGCUCAGCUCCGCUGCUGCAUUCAGUAAAAUCAACGUGUAUUUUAAACCAAUCGUUAUUAUGUAGCCAAUCGCAUGGCAUGGCGAUGUGGCCAUCGGAGCGACAAAUUUAACAAAUUGACUUUAGAAAAACCUGAUUCUGGGAGUUCGAAGAUAUAGAGUUUAAAAGGUUUAUACGAAUAAACUAACAGUAAAAAUUGUAGUCGAGUUCAAAACCGUCGAUCGAAAGGACAUUGGGAAUAAAGUUUGUUACUUCGAAGUGAAUUAUCGAAACCUGGUUUCUAAAAAAAAAAUAAUUAUCAAAGUUGAACGAGUGAUGAUAAUCAAGAAAUGGGGCCACCCGCGGACUGUUAAUAAAAAUUAAUUAUGUGCGAAAAAGGAUUUUUAAUAUUUCAUUCAAAAUUGAAACACGAAGGAUUAUGCAAUAUAAAUCACUAUCGGUCGUGGUUACUUUAAAUUUUAAUUCAAUCGUAUCUCCGUCGUUUUUAAAAUAUAAAAUCGGUUUGGUCCGUGAUUUAACAUAAUAUUUUAACAAAUUUUGAAUAAAAAUUUUUCCCACACGAUGCGACUGUUGAAAAUUUUCCUAAUCAUCGAACUAACUGAAAAAAUAAUUCUCAUGUCAUUCCUUUGCCACGAAUUUUUAAUCUCAAGCCUUUUUAAUUCAGUCGAUAUUUUCACCGAUCGUGUCGAUUCGUUUCAUCGGAUAUUUUCUGUUAGUCCAGAGUUUAGUUAAAAAAUCUUGUAACCUUUUUUGUUCCUUUCAUUGAAAUUUUGUUUUAUUCGUAAAUCUCAUGACCGAUUAAAAAUCUUACGAUCAAAUUUUAUAGUCUGAAAAAUAUCCAACCCCGGCGAACAUUUCUUUCACAUCGCGAAUAUGUUUCGAGUCAAUCGAAGUCGGUUGUAGAAACUACGGGAAAAAAAUCGUGAAACGUAGCGUGAAAUUGAUAUUAUAUUUAAAAAAAAGUACAAUUGAUAAUUAGGUAUUUCAGAUGUUCCGUUGAAUAAUAUUUUCAAAUAAUUUUUCUACCCGCAUAAUAGCUCGUGACCUUUUAUAAUAUACCCACAUACUUUUUAUAUACAUAUACGUAUGCCAGUAUGCGGAAAUUGUGGUCCAGAAUCCUGUGGGUCGUAAAUGACCUGUCGGUCAUCGUGCAGCGAUGAGAUGUAACAAAUUGUAAAAGCUGUAUCCAGGUAAUCCGGAAUCGAGCACACGUGUUUAAUAAUCUCUGGUCUCUACCACCUGCAGUUUGUGCGCGUGCACGCACGCGAUCGUAUAUAGUGAAUUAACGUUUUCCACGCGAAAAACGUAUGGAGUACAAAGAAUAAGAAAUAUACAUGAAACAGAACAUAUUUAAAUCGUACAGCUUUCCAAAUCGCCUCAUGAUACCGAUCGUCACAAGUUUUGAGAGAAAAUCACGAAGAAAUCGUGAAAAGCUUCAAAUGAUCAAGAAUUGAGUUUUGAAUCGAAUCAUGGGAAACUCAAAAUCUCAGCCAUGCCGUCCUCGGAGGCCCAUGUAUCUGUUUUACCUGAUCCAUCGAACUUGGAGCGUUGUCGUUGAUCACAGAAAUGCUGGUAAAGAAGAACGCUACGAAGAUAUCGAUCGUGAAACCGAUUUAACGUCACGAUGCAGCGGUUGCGCAGGUUGCGGUUACCAUCAGGACAGCCUUUUCUUCGAAAGCGAGUCGGAAAUGGCUCCCAAUGCAGAGGAGGAACUGCUAGCCGUCAAGCCGUGGGGGCCACAGCCGGAAAAACAAGAACGCCUGAGGCCACCAACUUAUAAUGCCGAGGAUUACGCGGUGGCUCUCAGAAGAUGGGGAAGACGUCCCGUUCUUUCCUCGUCGUCUUCUGGAUCGGCGGCAACGUCGGGAGGCUCCGCGGAAACGCAAAACGGGACUCUACCCUCCACGACCAGCUCGAGCUCUGGCUAUGCUUCCGGAAGCGGAGAAAUGACCCUUAGACAAUUCACUUCCGUCAGCGAAUUACUCAACAAAUUGCGCGCCGAUUUGAGACUCGCUUUUCCGAGUUUCGUUCAAGAAUUCGCUUCGUCACCGGCGGACGGGAUUACCCUGCUUUUGGAAACGUUGAGAGGAGUACAGUUGGCCCAAAAUUUACCACCUUCCGGUCAAACUGGACCGAGAAUCGGCACUCGGAGAGCCGCUCUGGACGAACUGGGAUGCGUCGAAUGUCUGGCCGCCUGUGGCGAAAGAUGCGCCGAUGCACCGAGAUUGCUCAUCGAAGCUCAACCCGGACUCUUGGCACUCGCCGUUUGUCUCACCAGCAGUUUGAACCGCUCGAGAGUUUUGGCUUUGCAGCUACUGACAAGGGUCUGUCAAGCACCUGGUGGUCAUGCGGCUGUUUCCGAAGCGGUUUCAACUCUGAGAUUGAGAUACGGAGAAGGUGGAAGGUUCCGGUUUCUUGCAGGAGCUUUACUUGCUCCGAGCGCCGCCAUCGUCCUCAGGGUCGCCGGAGUUUCAUUUUUAAACGCUUUCAUAAAAUCCGCUCCAAGGGCACAGGCCAAACUAUACAUACAGGCUGAAGCGUGCGAAGCGGGUUUGGAACCGAAGAUUUUACAAGAAUGGUUAACGGAAAUGGAUUCGAGCGUGGAGGAAUCUUUGUCGGAUCUUUUGAGAAAAGAAGUCCACCGUUGGACCCGCAAUUGCGUGGACGUUGAGGCGCUUCAAAAACGUGCCGCGCGUGCCGAGGAGACCUGCCGUAUGCUGGGGAAGAAGAUUCUCUCGUUGCAGAGUCAGAUUGAGAAUUUGCAAGUGGAGAAUAUGAACGGUUACAAUUCUUCCCACGAUCGUAGCAAGAGUUCGAAUUUCAGAACGGCGAACUUCAGGGAAGCGAAAAUACCGCAAAAGUCUUCCUCGAACGCGGACGACGAGGGAAUCAGCUCUUCGGAACGAUCGAGCACACCGGAAGAGCUGAAACGCGACGAUCAGGGCAAUCUGAAAUUGUCGGGAGUCGACAACGACCAGGAAACUACGAUAGACGACGUCAUCGAGGAGCUGAGGAUCAUCGUCAAGGACGCCGAGGAGGAGUACGAGGAUAAGAAUACGGUGCAGAUGCGGAAAGAGAUUUUAUCCGCGAAAAAUUCGGACCCCAAACCCUUCCGCGGUUCCAUUGCGAACACCUGUACAACCUACGAUAUUUGCGGCGAUAAAAAUUCAUCGCGUCCAAAACCUCUGGGUCAUCCGAAGACCUCGAAGUAUUCGCAAGGAUCGGGACGCACGAUGACUUCCUGCACAGAGUCGACCCAAAGGUGUAAUCAGACCCCGGUAACAUACUUCGGCAAUCGGAAUGCGGAUCCCGAGGGAUACAACAGCUCGGAUUCAUCGGCGACGAGAAAACUGAGCUCCAAUCAUUCGAUAAUCAGUAAAUCAUCGACGGACGGAAGUUUGAAGAUCACGAUAAAGGGGCCCGAUAUCGAGGAGGCGAUAGUCCCCGCGAUCCUGCAUCCUCAACCACCGAAAAGAAGCCCUCCGUGUCUGACAGCGAUUCUGGCUGCCAGAAACUGUGCGUUCGCCGACCAGGAAGAGGUCUAUAAUUCACCGGGGGAUGAGGUGGAAGAAGAAACGUUGGGCGACGGAAGUGACUCACUUCUGAGUGCUUCGAGGCUCAAAUAUGCCCAAAAUGAAGUAGCGACUCCGUUCAAUAUGCGGUCAGGUGUCUACGGGAGUCAAGAGGAAAAACCGGCGAGCAGCCAGGCCACCAAAAGUUGCGAGGACCUCUGCAAUUUGAAGAGGGAGACGGAGAAUAAAGGCGAGAAGAAGACUAUCAGAAACUACGACAGCGGUUCGGCACUCAACUCAAUUGUCGGGACGAAGAACGACCAGCGUUCGGAGUCUCGGAGCUUCGAAGCCGCCCCUUCUAGUCGUAGGCGUUUGGAGCAAAGGGCCCACAGCCAGAGCAGCGAGCAGUCCCUGAGACACGGGGGUCAGAAGUACAGAAGCGAAGUCGAGAAGAGAAAAAUGCUACGCAGAACGUCGAGUCAGGACUGCCUGAGCCAAAAAUCUGGCGAACAAAGAUACCACCAUCACCACCAGAAGCUGAAGAGAUCUGAAAGUGGCAUAGAAAGUCGGAUAAGGAAGUUCGAGAGUCUGAACUCCUUCGAAAACCUCAGUUUGAACAGUUUCUCGAGACCGGGAAGUGUCGAUAACGUCAGCAUGAGGCAAUUCUUGGAAUCCGAUAGCGGUAAGGGCAGAAUGAAGAGGUCGGAAUCCUUCCAUCAUAUUUCGAUGCAGAGUAAGAAGGAGCUACCGUCUUCCAGAGGCGGAAGUGACAGCGGACUAUUUUACGUCACGAACUUUGACCUCGAACCCGUUGUUACACAGCCGAUUAAGUCUGAGAGUACAAAAUCCCCGAGUCUAUUGACCAAGUCCUUGGACAGAAUCGACGAGGGAUUGGAUUCUAUGGUCGAUAUCGUUCUGACGGAAGACAAGCAAGGGUGGCCGGUACACGACAAACAGAUCAAGGAAAAACCACCGAAAAAUUCAGGAAAACUGCACAAAAGCGAGAGGUCACAGGCAAAGGGCGAAAAGCAGCUCAAGAGCGACGAGUUCUACAGGGGAUUCAAUGAUAAGGUGAUAUCUAAUAAGCAGCUGAAAAGCGACGAACUCUACGACGAGAAACUCGUUCAGAAGCAGUGGAGUUAUGAGAGCGAAUUGAACAAUUCGAGAAUGAUGAAUUCCACCAGCACGGAAAAUCCGCUAGCAAUGAUAUCGAGAUCCAGCCCGUCCAGCCGACACGAAUCUUUCUGUCUCGACAAAAGUGUGGGUAGUAAAUUUUCCAAGGGUUCUAACGAGUCCGGUAUAUAUCUGCCUGGAAGGUCGUACGACGCCUUUGGACUGAGCAAGAGCAGAUUUAACGCCGGUAAAUAUUCCGGCAAUAAUUUAAUCCCACGCGAUAAUCAUAGUAGUAGACAUCCCAUAAUAUUGCCAACCACUAAACACAAUGGUAAGGUAACAGACGUUUUAUCCGGUCUGUACUAAAUUCGAUGUUUCAUUUUCUUACUAAUAUAGACCAUUAGGAAUUCGGUACCUUAUGAAUAACAAAAAAAUUCGUGCAAUAUUUUUAACUACGAUAAAUAAUCAUAACGUCGUAAUUUUUUUACGCUACAACAAUCGAUUCAUCCAAACAUAACGUAACUCGCGAACCUUACUCGCAAAUUAAGACCCGCUGUAGGGAAAUUUUCAAUAUUCAGAAACACCCAUUAUACAUUCGUACCAUUGCAUACUGCGUAACAUAUUCCGUUAGCGUCCAACACCGAGCGCGAUCGUUCACGUUCUUUCCGCUUGUAAAACUCCCAACAGUUUCGUGAUAGGAAUAUACAAUAUAAUAUUAAUGUUAUACCGGAGAAUGGUCUUUCCCAUCUCAUAGUGCAGUUAGUCACCUGCCAUCGUUUUGCCACGUAGGUUCUCAUGCCGUUAAACGAGAAGAGAAGGACAAGUAAGAUAAAAAGUGAAGGUUUUUACAAUUCCCAAAUAAAUUUCACCGGUUAUACAUAUGCAUACCGAAUACGUAUGUAUAGAAUGUAAAUACUAUAAUUCUUAUCGCCGUAAGAAAAAAAGGAGUAUAGCUCGUAUAGAUUAUGUAUACUGAACGAAUCAUUUUUAUUAUAAUGAUUAUAUUUUUUUUUCUGAAAACAAUAUCAGGAAGUGUUUCAGUUUCAGCGGCUCUAUGGAUAUAAAUAGAGCUGCAGAUAACGGUUUGAUGGAACGGAGUGGAUAUUAAUAUAAUUUUAAUGCUACUCCUCUAUAUAAACAUAAUUGAGAUAUAAUUUAUUAUACAUAUAUGUAUGUCUAAGCUAUACAGAUUCUUUUAAUUACUUAUGUGAUUCAAAUCACUCAAAUUUAUGUACUUCCCGUACUAAUUGAACAACGAGGUAGGUAUUUAAAACUUGUCUCUUAUUUGUAUUAUAAUAAAUUGAUGAGUUCAAUUAAACAAAAAAAAAA